AUGUUCGGACGUUUGACUCACUACGCAUUCGAUGCGGUUCUCGUCUCUGCUUUCCUGGCAGGCGUCAAGCGCUCUACUGGCCUUACCCCUAGUCUGAACUCUGACCAGAUCACCGACAACAAGGACUUCAAGAAGUGGAUCGAUAACUACCUCGGCGUUGGCGAGUGGGUGAUGGAUCAGUCGGUUGCCGUGUUGGGUUCGACGAGCUGGUUUGAGCGCCGCCGGUGA